AUGGAAUUGAUUGCCCUGUCGUUAAACGCUGAGCACGUGGGAGAGGGCGGUGACGUGCAGCGGGCGUCUCAACAGUAUGAAGUUGUGCCAUCUGAUAAUAAUCUUAGAGGUAAUUUAACGGAUAAAGAUUAUGGAAAAGGCAGUUUGGUAUUUGUGUUUGAUACAACGGGAUCUAUGUUUAAUGAUUUGAGGCAGCUAAGGGAAGGGGCUGAAAUGAUUUUGAAGACAGCUUUAGAAGAUAGCAAUGUAAUCGAUGACUUUGUAUUCGUGCCGUUCCAUGAUCCAGCUGUAGGACCACCAACAGUCACUAAAAAUAAGGAUAUCUUCAAAUCAGCACUAAAUAUUGUCCGUGUCUAUGGAGGCGGAGAUUGUCCUGAGAAAUCUUUGACCGGAAUACAAAUGGCUUUGAAAGUCAGUCGUCCCCGGUCAUUUAUUUACGUCUUCACUGACGCUACAGCCUCUGACCACAGAAAGGUGGGAUCGGUGCUAGACUCGAUUCAAAGAAAACAGAGUCAGGUGGUGUUCGUAUUGACCGGACAUUGUAACGACUUGAACAGACCUUCAUAUAAAGUGUACCAACAGAUAGCCGCCGCUAGUUCCGGUCAAGUUUUUAAUUUAAACAAAACCAGCGUACAUAAGGUGUUAGAGUUUGUGCGAUCUUCCAUAAAAGGGAGAACAGUGAACUUGGGCUCAGCUUUCAAUCCCGCUGGGUACAACUAUACGCAGAAGAUUCCAGUGGACAAGUCGGUUGGUGAGGUGACAGUGUCGGUGUCGGGAGCAAAGCCACAGAUCAAAGUCGUCAACCCUAGCGGAGAUGAGAUAACGGGGCCUCCACAACUCGUCACUACUUUGGACUUGUCAGAAAUUAUGAUAGUGAAAGUCCUUCAACCAGAGCCAGGGAACUGGAGCAUAACAGUGGGGAGUGAGGAGGAGCACUCAGUGAAGGUGGUUGGGUUGUCCAACCUGACUUUCCAGCAUGGGUUCUCUAUGAAACCAACUAUAUCUCUAGAGGAGACGAGCUAUCGACCAAUACAAGACGUAUACAACCACAUGAUGAUAUCUCUUAGCGAAUCUAACACAUCUCUACAGCUGGAGAAUGUCCAACUCCUCGGCUUGGACGGAAACACGAUAUUUGAAGUACCACUUAAGACGUUGAAUGGCAGUGACGGGAGAACAUAUAUAGCGGAGGCUUUUGUACCGCCGAAUGAAUUUUUCAAUUUAGCUAUCAUUGGUCAUGAUGAGUUCGGUCAGGAAGUUCGAAGAAUUGGUCCUACAGCUGUUCAGGCGAAACCCCCAGACGUUCCGGAACUGAUAGUACCAAAGAGGGUGCGGGCGCGCGCGCACGAGCGCGUGCGGCUGGCGUGCCGCUCGCGCAGCGCCGCGCCGCACUCCGUCGCCUGGAGCCGCGCCGCGCCCGUCGCCGCGCCCGUCGCCGCGCCCGUCGCCGCGCUACAGAGUGUGACGGCAGAAUAUGUAAUCGAAGACAUGAGUGAAGGAGAUGUCGGAGUAUACUACUGUGUAGCGAGGAACGUCGCAGGACGCAGUACGGCUAGUACUGUCGUUGAUUUGAUUGUUGAUCCACCCCGAGUUAACAUCUCAUCAGUAAACGUAUCAUUGUCUGAACAUGAAAAUUUGACAAUAUCCUGCGACAUAUUCAGUGAAGCUCUGUUGCAACGCACGCAGAUAGUUUUCAAUGGCACGCUGCAGAGUUAUGCGGUAGAUAUCAAAUUGGAGCCAAGCUUAGACGGCUAUUACACGUUCAAUAAAACAAUCAGAAAUAUAAGUGAAAAAGACAGUGGUGUGUAUACGUGCGUCGCUGUUAACAGAGCUGGCUACACAAAUGAUUCCACUAAUAUAACCAUACAGUUGGAACCCAUAGCCCAAAUCCUAGGUCCUCACGCAAUCACUAAAAGAGCACAUUCUGAUGUACAAUUUGUCUGCCAUGUGGAGAAUGCCUUACAAGUUCUAUGGUCACAUAACAAUGACAUCGUAAAAAAGUACGACAUUAACGGUAGUUACAAUGCAGUGCUAGAUGUUAAAAAUGUAACGGAUGAUGGAAUUUGGACGUGUCUAGCGUCACGAGAUUCCUAUUCGGGAUCUGAUAAAAUUGCACUCACAGUUCUUAUAAAACCUGAAGUGACCAUUGAAGGGUCAAAAAACAUAACUAUUUUAAACGGAACCACUUUUCAACUAUCCUGCACAGUGGUGGCAAAGCCUGCACCGCGUAUUGUAUGGCAUAUGGAGACUGAGAGAUUUCUGCCUAACGUUGUAACGAAUCCUGAACCGAAGGUGUAUAAAAGUGUCCUCACGUUAGAUAGUCGAAAAGAACCCGUGAAUGGAACGUAUUUCUGUUUUGGAGAAAAUUCGGAAGGUAUCAAUCAAGACAGUGUUACUAUCGAAGUGAGGAGACAAAUGACACUCAUCAACGGUUUUACAGAUACAUCAGUAGAAAUUUACUCACAAAUCAACUUUACCUGCGACAUUGAUACUUACCCUCCCCCCCACAUCACGUGGUAUCACAACAACACUUGUAUCAACACUAACGACAGGAUAAGUAUAUCUGAUGACAACACAAUUGUGAGCAUACGUAGAGUGGACUUUGUCGAUUUGGGGCGGUAUGUUUGUGAAGCGGAUAAUGGCUUUGAAAACAUGUCGGUUAUUGGGACUUUGGCAGUGCAUGGACUAGCAAAACCUCUCAUAUCAAAAGAGCCAUCUGAGAUCGUUACACAGCAGAGCAAAAUGGCAACACUCAAAUGUAGACUUGCGACGGGCAAUCCUGAACCGAGAAUAACAUGGCAGUAUAAAGAUGAUAAUUCUGAUUUCUCUUCCCUACCUGAUGGCGUAUCCAUAACAGAUAACAAAUUUCUCAUAAUAUCAGAAGUUCAGAAAUAUCACGCUGGAAAGUAUCGCUGUACUGCGGAGAAUAUAAUUGGAAGUGACUUGUAUGAUGUGGAAUUGAUCGUACAGUACCCGCCAGAAUUCAAUGUGUCUCAAGAAAAUCACUUGGAAGGUCCCAUAGAAGUGAGGUCCGGUAAUGCAGUACAGCUCAGUUGCAACGUCUCGGGAGUUCCCCCGCCAAUCGUAACUUGGACAAAAGAUGAAUUACCCGUUAUAUAUUCUAGUCAUGUAUAUUUGAACAACGACAGUGUUCUAGUGCUAGCAAACGCGACUACGUACGACUCCGGCGUGUUCCGAUGUAAUGCGAGCAGCGAUUUGGGCUUCGUUACCAAGGACUUUAAUAUCACCGUAUAUAUGCCCCCAGAGAUCGCGGGCGCGGAGACGGCGGUGUGGGCGCGCGAGGGCGAGCUGGUGUGGCUGCGCUGCGCCGCGCGCGGGGCGCCGCCGCCCGCCGUGCGCUGGCCGCGCGCGCCCGCGCGCCGCGCGCUGCGGGGCGCCGACGGGCUGCGGUUUGUAGCAAACGUGACUGACUUCGGCGAUUACACGUGCAUCGCGACCAACCCGUACGGAACCGCGUCACUCACCUACACGUUGUAUGUUUGGGUUCCACCACACAUAGAACCACCGAUGGAUGUAUUAAAAGAGGUUCAAAUUGGAUCAGACAUGCACAUAGCGUGUGACGCAGUCGGCUUUCCGCUACCUGAAAUCACAUGGGAGUUCCAAGAAAAGACAUUGAUUGAUAAUACUACAUAUUUAAGUUUUGAUGAUAUUGGCAACCUUUAUUUAAAGAACGUCAGCUCGAAUCACGAAGGCCUGUAUGUUUGCAUUGCUGAAAAUUUAGCCGGAAUUGCUAAGAAGAAUUAUUACGUCACUGUAAUUGAAAAGCCAAAAAUACUCGUCGAUAACUAUACGGGGCCCUACGUCGCAUCAGACUUAGACAUUGCUCUGACCAUCUCGUGUCGCACUGCGGGGAAUCCUCGUCCUUACGUCUCUUGGGUUAAGGACGGAUAUUAUCUUGAUAGAGAUAGCAGAUACGACAUAGACGUUGACGGCACGCUUACAAUCAAAAGCCCUUCUGAAGACCUCAGCGGGAUAUACACGUGCGUGGCCACUAACGGUGCGGGAAACGAUACUAAAGAUGUCACAGUCGAAAUAUAUUCGUUGCCUACAGUGAUGCAGGAUGAGAGCGCUGUCAGCACAGUAACAGUGCUGGAAGGAAGCGCAGUGGAACUACAAUGUCCAGUGACGCACGGCCAUACUGUGAAAUGGUAUAAGGACGCGGAGUUGAUAUCCGCCGGCGGCCUGAAGUUCGCCAACGUGUCCCGCGCGCACGCCGCGCAGUACGCGUGCGUGGCGGCCAACGCCGUGGGCUCCGCGCACGCGCACGUGCGCCUGCGCGUGCAGUGGCCGCCCGCGCCGCCCGCGCCCCCCACCGCGCCCCCCUCCUCGCCGCAAGCUGUGCGCGCGCUCGAGGGCUCGGACCACUACUUCCAUUGUCAAACCGAUGCCGAACCUCGUGCACAGAUGAAAUGGUUGUUUAAUUCGAAGCCAAUUUUUGGCGAAGACGAGGACGUGUUAAAGAUAUUGGACGUACAGCUGCGACACAGCGGAGAGUACGAAUGCGUCGCGAGAAACGAACACGGCACCUUCCGAAGGCGAUUCAGCUUUGAAGUGUUGAAACGACCAUUUAUAUCACAGUUUGACUUGCUCGAAGUUCAACUAAAAUCCGGGGUCAAUGCUAGUCUCGAAUGCAUCGCUAAAGGAAAUCCGAAACCGACCAUAUCUUGGACUUUUAACAAUACCAACUGGAUUACUGAAAACACUACACUGAAAUCUAACAACGUCAGUCAACAAUCCGAAGGUCUAUUCCGCUGCGACGCCAGCAACGAGGCGGGCGUCGCUCACCUAGUGUACCGAGUUUUUGUUAUUUCGGGCGCAACUGUUGAUAGUGUUGUGUUGUAUGUAAAUGGAGAGGGGAGUCGUGUAGAGAACAACGUGGAGAUUAGCCUCAAUACUAAAGUGAGAAUCGCAUGUAAAGCGGCUGGCAGUCCUUCGCCAAUAAUUCAGUGGAUCAGACAUGGCAAUACUAUUAGUCAAAACGGUGAGGGUAUCGACUACGCUGAUUUGAAUUUUGAUCGAGUUUCCACUUCGGAUAACGGAGAAUACACCUGCAUAGCGUCUAAUGAAGGAGGUAUUCAAGAGAAGAAAAUAAAAGUCAACGUUUUGGAACCACCACGAAUCUUCCAAACACUAUUCCAGAACGCAAAUCAUUCGAAAAAUGAAAUAAAUUUAGAAGCUAUCUUAGGUCAAGCAUUUUAUAUGCAUUGUCAUCCUUACGGAAAUCCUUUACCAGAUAUAUACUGGUUUAAAGAUGGCUUGCCUUUGAGAUUCUAUGACGACACCAUGGUGUCGACUGAUUUCGGUGAAAUUGUUAUCUCUAAGCGUGCUAAGCAGGAACAGUCUGGAAAUUACACUUGCGUGGCUAGAAACAAAGUUGGAGAGUCAAGUGUGGUAUAUUUGGUGGAUAUUUUAGUUCCUCCCCCCAUACCAAAAGACAAUAUAAAACAUGCAAGUGUUUUCAUAAAUACAACAUUAAACUUAACGUGUCCCGCGGAAGGACGACCGAGGCCUUACGUGAUGUGGGUGAAACAUCCAUACAUAGAGAUUACGGAAUCACAAAGAGUACAAUUGCAGGAUGACAAUUAUACCUUGAUAGUAAAAGACACAGAAGUAGCAGACAGUGGUAAGUAUUCAUGUAUAAUGACGAACAAAGUUGGUACAACAGAACUCGUAUACGACGUGGUUAUACAAAAGGCACCAACAAUUGUCGGUAACGAAGGAAACAGCACCGUUGAAGAACAUGUGGUCGACUUGAGGAAGAGCAUUGUAUUGAAGUGUGAAGUAGAUGGAAAUCCUCUACCUAAGAUAACUUGGUACAAGGACGUUCAGAGGUUAAGCGAUCAUCAGCCCAACGUGCAGCACGUGCAAGGCAGCAGCCUCAUGGCGCUCUGGAGCGCGCGCGCCGCCGACGCCGGCCCCUACGUGUGCGUCGCCGAGAGCAGCGCCGGCGCCGCGCACCGCCGGCACUACCUGCGCGUGAGAGUCCCAGGAAAGUGGAGUUCGUGGUCUCAAUGGAGUUACUGCAACGUGACAUGUGGGCUCGGCUAUCAGAACCGAGCUCGUCGAUGUCAGUACAUCGAUGAUGAAAAUAACGUUAUUGAUAAAAUCAGCCAACCGGAUAAAAUUAUUUUGGACGAAUCGGCGUGUAGGGGCCAAACUAAUGAUAGGAGAAAAUGCCACAUGCCAUCAUGUGAGGAAGAAGAAACACCAGCACGUUGGUCAAACUGGUCCAGGUGGAGCACCUGUUCCGCCAGCUGUGGCGUCGGUACUCAGACGCGAACACGCCGCUGCAGGAGCGAGGAGCCCUGCAUCGGAGAUAACGUUCAAAUCCGAAAGUGUCCUGGCUUGCCGAAGUGCCGAGUGAACCGAGAAAAAGUUACCGACUUCCACAGCAGUGGAGAAAAUAUUGAAGAAAUAAAUUCAGAUUAUAUGCCUGAAGCAACAUUUGAAAUGGAUCCAGAUCCUAUACCGCAACCCGAAGGAUAUGAUGAAUUCUACAUUCCUCCUGAAACUCCACAACGGUCUUACUACGAUGUGAACGUGACAGAAAAUUUGGACCAAAGUGAACAAGGUCCCUGCGAGCCCGGCUAUAUGUACACUCCCGAGAAUGAGACUUGUGAAGAUAUCGACGAAUGCGUGUUCAACAUCAACCACUGUCACCCGACGCAAGUGUGUACCAACCUACCGGGUGGAUACCGCUGCUCGUGUCCAACGGGGUACUACUCGCUGGGAGCGGGACAACGGUGCUUAGAUGUGAACGAGUGUGCGCAGGACACACACGCGUGUGAGUUCGCGUGUGUGAACGCGGCGGGCGGCUACGUGUGUGCGUGCCCCGCACACCUGCGCCUGCACCGCGACCGACACCACUGCGUGCCACCGUCAUCGUUUCGUAAGCCGUAUUUUUAUGAAGACGAGAACGGCGAUGGCAACCUUAGUGCAUCCUUCGAAAACCCGGCUAGAAAGAGGAGGCAUUAAACUUCAUAUAUAAAUUAU